UCCUCUUCGAAUUUUAUUCCGACUUCAAAGCAGCUGCCCUUAACGCCACCAGCAACGACUCCUCCUCCUCCUCCUCCUCCUCCUCCCUCAAGGAUUUAGAAUCUUAAAUUGAAUGGAGGGAUUGGGAGGUGACACCUUAUCAGCAGCAUCACCUGCAUCUCAGUGGAGGAACGAUGCAUGGAGAGUGUAUCAGUUUUAUCUGGAUAAGACUACUCCUCAUGCGGUUUAUAGGUGGAUUGGAACCCUUGUCAUAGCUGCCAUCUACUGUUUGCGGGUCUAUUCUGUGCAAGGGUUUUACAUUGUUUCUUAUGGUCUGGGAAUCUAUCUGCUGAAUUUGCUUAUUGGGUUUCUCUCACCUCUGGUUGAUCCUGAAGUUGAAGCUACUGAUGGGCCUUUACUGCCAACAAAAGGUUCAGAUGAAUUCAAGCCAUUUAUCCGCAGACUCCCUGAGUUUAAAUUCUGGUACUCCAUAACGAAGGCUUUUUGCAUAGCAUUUGUCAUGACGUUCUUUUCCAUGUUUGAUGUUCCUGUCUUCUGGCCUAUUUUACUCUGUUACUGGAUUGUUCUCUUUACUCUCACAAUGAGACGCCAGAUUGCUCACAUGAUCAAAUACAAGUAUAUCCCUAUCAGCAUUGGAAAGCAGAAAUACACCGGUAAGAAAUCUUCUGCAAGUAGCAGCAGCUCUCGUGAGGAUUGAAGUUUGGCUGGUUCUUCAGUGAAAUAGCCAAGGACCUGGAUGGGAAAAAAAGAGGUAGGCAUGCGUGAAGAUUCAUGAUAAUUGAUUUUCACCAUUAGAGGAUAUGCAUUUCUGUCGCUAUGCAUUUUAAUUUCCAGUUUCUCCAAACGUACCUCGGAAGAAGUGCUAACGCUGCAGAACUGAAACGUUAUUUGUUUAUAUACAAGGUUAUGAAGAUUUUAUUGAAGUACCAUUUUUAGAUUUGGGAAUGCAUUCUGCAUGACAAAUUAUUAUCAAUACCUGCUUGGUUUCUUCUGUGUUCGUUUAGUAGUAACCAAAACUUGCCGGGAGCCAUCUCUGGAAAAGAUUGUAGGUGUACUUGUUUGUUGCAAUAUGAAACUGCAGGAUUUCCCUCAUCUUUUGUGUAUUGGAAUUUCUACCAUUAGUUUUUUGAGAAU